ACAUAUAAUCAUACUAGUUCAAAUAAUAGUGAAGUUACAGCUUUACAAGAUAUUUCGAGUGCUUCCGAAGAAGAAUAUUCUGAUCAAGUAGAAUUAUCGUCAAUAUACGAAAAAAAAAGAAAACAUACUGGAGGAAAAAAGAUGAUAAAGCGUUCACAUGAAAUGAAAGUUCAUUUAGCUAGAAACUGUGAUAAUGCACCCGAAAACAUAAAAAUCAAAUGGCGAGACUCUUUAGUAAAAGAAACUUCAAGACCAAUAGCUCGAGCAAAAA